AGUGUUCAACUCUGGUGAUUCAUGAAUGAUAGGGGGAUGGGCAUAGCAACAACACCUAGCAUUGUAUAUAUAUGCGCGAAGAAAUAUUUUACACCGCUUCUGUCUGUUUCAUACAAAGGUCGGUGAAGAACUGUUGAACACUUUUAACAACCAUGCCAGAUCAUUGCACGAAAUGUGGAAACGCUAUCCACGAUACCACGGUCACGUUCGAAAAGAAACCGUAUCAUCCCGAAUGCUUUAUUUGCCAUCAAUGCAGAAAACAGUUAUCAGGAGAUGAAAUCUACCAACAUGAGGGAAACAACUACGAUGCUGAAUGCUACUCCAAGUUUCAUGCUAGAAUCUGUGGAAAGUGUGAACAAACCCUAGCUGAUCCGAACAUCACUUAUGUGACGUACGGUGGUCAAACAUUCCAUCCAGAUUGUUUUACAUGUCAAUCUUGCAAUAAAACACUAGCCGGUAAAUCCAUCUACAAACAUGAAGGGCACAACUACGAUCAGGAAUGCUAUUCAACAUUUCAUGCUAAAAAAUGUGCUGUCUGCUAUCAAGCGUUGGUGGAUCCAAAAAUCAAGUACGUCACGUAUGAUGGCAAAACAUAUCACCCUGAUUGCUUUGUCUGCCACAAAUGCAAGAAAACAUUGUCCGGAAAGCAGUUCUACUUGGUAGAUGACACCAAAGUGUGCGAAGAUUGUCAUUGAAGUAUUUCUUAUCAAACAGAUCAACUUUGAAAAAAAAAAUUCCACUAAAAAGUAUUUAGUGGAAUUUUUAUGAUUUGCACAUAUUUUUUAAUCGAGAAUGCAUUGUGACGUCUUGUGGAUGUUUGUCACAUCACAACAUGUUCAUGUGAUAAUAUUUGAAGAACUCAAUUAAUAUAUAGUUAGUAAAGAUAUACAUGUUUUAAGUGAUUAUACGUUCUUAAAUAAGUAUAGACUAUUUACAACCUCCUUCCCGGACUCUGGUGUGUUCACCAACAGCUACGGCUGCCUCGUAAUGGCGCUUUAGGAAAAGAGAACCGGAAACGAGGUUGCGUUGUAGUCAUUAAUAAGUAUUUAUUAUUCGCCAAAUACGGUUAGUAUGCAAUUAUAGCUACUAUGAGAACUGGGCAUGAGUUUGCUUAAAUUGUUUAAUAUAUAUAUAUAUAACAAGUUAAAUAAUAUUUGGAUGCUCUAAUCACACGGUUUGAUUAUGUUGUAAUUUUCUUAAUUUUAAAGAUAAUAAAAAUUUGUCAAUGUAUUA